CCAACCGCGGUCAUUGGAAUUAUGAUCUGACCAGGCCUCCGUCGUCGCUUUUCCGUAGUGGGCGGGGCUAAGGGAGGGGUGACCCUGCCGGAGUCGCGGCUGCCAGCGACAUGUUCAAGGUAAUUCAGAGAUCUGUUGGGCCAGCCAGCCUGAGCCUGCUCACCUUCAGAGUCUAUGCAGCUCCCAAAAAGGAUUCAGCUCACAAAAAUUGCAUAAAGGUUGAUGAGCUUUCACUCUACUCAGUUCCUGAGGGUCGGUCUAAAUAUGUGGAGGAGCCAAGGACUCAACUUGAAGAAAACAUCUCAGAACUCCGACAUCAUUUUGAGCCAUAUACAAGUUGGUGUCAGGAGAUAUAUUCCCGAACUAAACCAAAGGUGGAAGGCUUUGUCCAGUGGGGAAUAGACAAAUAUGAAUAUCUUCAAAAUGCGCCUCCUGGAUUUUUCCCAAGACUUGGUGUUAUUGGUUUUGCUGGUUUUGUUGGACUCAUUUUUGCUAGAGGUUCAAAAAUAAAGAAGCUGGUGUAUCCUCCUUUUUUCAUGGGAUUAGGUGCCUCUAUCUAUUACCCACAACAAGCCAUCUCCAUUGCCCAGGUCAGCGGAGAGAAGUUAUAUGACUUGGGAUUACGAGGGUACAUAGUUGUAGAAGAUUUGUGGAAGGAACAUGUCCAGAAGUUCUCAAUUUUGUUUUACAAGCCAGGAAAUGUGAAGAAUUCACCUGGAAAUAAAUAGAAAACUCCAUGCUCUUCCCAUUUUAAUCAGUUAUAGGUAAACAUUGGAAACUCCAGAUGGUAAAUCAGUAUUUCUACAGCAAAUGGCAAAAUCAGUAUUGGAUAUAGUAAACUGGCUUUCUUCUUCAGGAAAAACAACACUAAGCCUUUUUGCUAUCUUGGUUGAUGCCAUGUUAUAGGCCAACUAAUCUGCAAUCCUUCACAUGGAAAUAAUGUACAAGCCUUAGAACUUCUCGUUCUUAUAUUACUAUUUAUGUACAUAAUUAAAAUCCAGAUUCAAACAGAGCUGGCCUGCUUUCUUUACUGAGUAACAAUAAGUAACAAUUUAAGUGAACGGUCUCUAGUGCUUAUCUAGAUGGUUUAUGGGUACACAUGGUUAUUUGUGUGUGUUUUUCUGUGUGUAUUAUUUGUCUACAUGCACAAACAUGCAGUGUAUGGUCGAUGUGUAUGUGCAUAAGUGUGUGUGCUAAAGGUAAUAUUUACUCUUUGCUUUUAUUUUUUUAAGGGUUGCCUUUUUAAUCAUAUCAUUUCUUGCUUCCCUUUCCUCCCUCCAAACAUUUACAUAUAUCCUUUUCUGUUCUCUUUCACAUUCAUGGCCUCUUUUGCCAUCAAUUUUUAUUGCAUGUUAUAUAUAUAUAUAUAUAUAUAUAUAUAUAAACACAUGUAUACAUACAUACAUAUAUUCCUAAAUGUAACCUGUUCAGUCUAUACAAUGUUAGUUAUAUGUAUGUUUUCAGGGCUGAUGUUUUGACACUGGAUAACCAAUUGGUGUGUUCUUCCCUGAUAAUAUUUACUCUUUAGGGCCGUACCAGUUGGCAGUCUGCAGACUAAACUUUACAACUCAGAAGUGAGGAGAGGGGCUUAGAGAUGAUGCUCCUGAAACCAAUAGAAGGAAUCAGACUCAACUGUGGUGGUUUGAAUGAGAGCUGCCCCCAUAGGCACAUAUAUGUGAAUGCUUGGUCCCCAGUUAAUAGAACUGUUUGGGAAGGAGUAGGAAGUGUGGCCCUGUUAGAGGAGUGUGUCACUGGGUGUGGGCUUUGAGGUUUCAAAAGACUAAGCUAGGCCAUGUCUUUCUCACUCUGUUUAUGGAUCAGGAUGUCUACUUCAGCUUCUUCUUUAGCACCAUAUUUGUCUGCAUGCUGCCAUGUUUCCCACCAUGAUGAUAAUGGACUAAACCUCUGAACUGUAAGUAAGUUCUCAGCUAAAUGUUUUUUAAAUUUUUUAUUGUUAUUAUUUAUUACAAUUUAUUCAAAUUGUAUUCCAGCUGUAGCCCCCUCCCUCAUUUCUUCCCAAUUCCAUCCUCCCUCCUUCAUCUCCUCCCAUGCCCCUCUCCAAGUUCACUGAUAGGGGAGGUCAUCCUCCCCUUCUAUUUGACCCUAGCCUAUCAGGUCUCAUCAGGUUGCAUUGUCUUUCUCUGUGGCCUGGCAAGGCUUCACCCCCAGGGGUAGGUGAUCAGAGAGCCUGUCAUUGAGCUCAUGCCAGAGAAAGUCCCUGCUUCCCUUAUUAGGGAACCCACUUGGAGAAUGAGUCUGUAGGUUACAUCUGAGCCAGGGUUUUAGAUCCUCUCCAUGUGUUGUCCUUGGUUGGGGUAUUAGUCUCUGCAGGGCCCCCAGGGCUUAGUUUUAUUGGUCUGUUGGUCUCCUUUUGGAGCUCCUGUUUCCUCCAGGUCUUUUCUAUCUCCCCCAUCUUUCAUAAGAUUCCCUGCACUCUACCCAAAGUUUGGCUAUGAGUCUCUGCUCGGUUUUGAAACCUUGAUCAGUAUUCUUUAAGAGGCCGACUGUGAUAGGCUCCUGUCCUAUUCCCUGUCUUCUCCUGCUUUCUAUGUCUGUCAUAUUUGUCUUUCUGAAUGAGGAUUGAGCAUCUUCCCUAGGGUCUUAUUGUUUAGCUUCUUUAGGAGAAGAGAUUUUAGUGUGUUUCUUCUAUAUGGUAUGGCUAAUAUCCACUUAUGAUUGAGUAUAUCCCAUAUGUGUCUUUCUGCUUUUGGAUUACCUCAUUCAAGAUGAUCUUUUAUAGUUCCCACCAUUUGCCUGCAAAUUUCAUGUUUUUCUUCUUUUUAAUAGCUGAGUAGUAUUCCAUUGUGUAAAAGUACCACAAUUUCUAUACCCAUUCCUUUGUUGAGGGACAUUUAGGUUGUUUCCAGCUUUUGACUAUUAUGAAUAGAGUUGCUACAAAGAAAUGUUCAAUAUCCUUAGUCAUCAGGGAAAUGCAAAUCAAAACAACUCUGAGAUUUCACCUUAUGCCCAUCAGAAUGGCUAAGAUCAAAAACUCAAAUGACAACACAUGCUGGAGAGGAUGUGGAGAAAGGGCAUCCCUCUUCCAUUGCUGGUGGGAAUGUAAACUUGUACAACCACUUUGGAAAUCAAGCUGAUGCUUUCUCAGAAAAUUGGGAAUAGUGCUUCUUCACGAUCCAGCUAUACCACUCCUAGGUUUAUAUCCAAAAGAUGCUCCAGUAUACAACAAGGACAUUUGCUCAACCAUGUUUGUAGUAGCUUUAUUUUUAAAUGUUUUUUUUUUUUUUUUGUAGGGGUUGCCUUGGUCUUUGUAUCUCUCCACAGCAAUAUAACAGUAACUAUGACACUAACACAUUCAGAAACCAGUAACAAUGACCUUUGUUGACUUGGUUGCCUCCUAAUAUGUAUAGGUCUUCCAAUUCUUAAAUGCCAGGUGGGGCACUGAAGAUACUGCUAUGUGUACUGACUGCCUGUCUGUGGCUUCCUCUUUUGUGUUCCUCAAUGUACAGCUCAUAGAACUCUGGAUUUCCAGGGUGAAUGGGACUAGCAGGAGACUCGACUUGCCAGCUAGCCCAGAAGGUUGCCAAGUGUACAGCAUGUGAAAACAAAUGUAGAACUUUCAAAUUUCAAUCAGAUCUGGAAAGAAAUCCAUUUG